CUAAAGAUGUUGAAGACAUUGAUAAAGAUUCAAUGGGUGACCCAUUUGCAAGUUCGGAGUACGCCUUGGACAUAUUCAACUACAUGCGUUCAAGAGAAGAAAAAUUCAUACUGCCCAAUUAUAUUGAUUCACAGCGUGAUAUCAGCAAGGAAAUGAGGGCGAUCCUGGUGGACUGGAUGGUGGAGGUGCAGGAGAAUUUCGAGCUGAACCAUGAGACUCUCUAUUUGGCAAUCAAGUUGGUGGACCAUUAUUUAGCUGUCUCUGUUAUUUCAAGAGAAAAGUUGCAGCUUAUCGGUUCCACUGCUGUGCUCAUUGCAUCCAAAUUUGAGGAACGUUGCCCACCCUGCUUGGAUGACUUCCUCUAUAUCUGCGAUGAUGCAUACAAGAGGGAGGAGCUUAUUUCAAUGGAGGUCGAUAUUCUACAG